CCACGAGCUGGGUAGCAAACACAAAUAUCCUCAAUCACACAAUGGAUCCUCGGACUCUCUUCGCUGCUGAUGUGGCGUGGUCUUUGUGGGAUCAGGAACCUAUCGAAGGGGCGUUCGAGCUGGAAAACUCAAACAACCAGGCGGACCAAUCCGUAGUUCUCUCCGUUAGUCGGCCUUGGGUCUUUGGAUAUGAGCCUCCAAGUGGCUCUGGAAAUGGGCGCUCGGUGCUCAUUCUAGGAGGCGGUGGCUACACACAGUUGAUGGUCGGGCGUGAAGGGAUUCAAGUUGCACGGUGGUUGGCAAACCUAGGAUUCUUCGCAUUUGUACUUGUGCAUCGCUUCCCCAACGCCGCGAACGGACCGCAAGCACCAUUGGACGAUGCGAGAAAAGCCCUCAUUUUGAUCGAAGAGAAAGAACUUUCCCCUCGUGGGCAGGGUGUGUGCGGCCUUUCAUCUGGAGGCCACCUGGCGGCCGCGCUACUUUCGGAAUUCCCCCAUCAAUGGACUCCUUCUGCGAAGAACGUACCCAAUAUCCAUUUUGCGAUCAUUGGAUAUGGUCCAAUAUCGACGAAUGCUGCAGGUCGAACGAUUAUUCCUAACAAAGCGGCAUUAGAGCCACCUGAGAAACAGGAGUUAUACCAGAUCGUGCAGCCAGAUGUUCAAUUAGUUGCUCCAGCCCCGCCGACCUUCAUCGUUUACUCCGGAAACGACCCUGUCGUCCCCGUGGUGAACGCAUACAGACUAUCUGAGGGCAUCACAAAAGCCCGAGGCGUUGUAGAACUCCACGUUUUCGCAGACGCACCGCAUGGAUUUGCUUUAGACACAAAGGGUCUGCCCGUGUCAAGUUGGCCCACCUUGUGCCAGGAGUGGCUACGUCAGCAAGCACUUUUGUGAGAUUGAUAAAUUACGAAAAUCUUAUCUGUAUACAUGGCAGGGUGGUCUAAAGGACGUACAAAUUAAAUAUUCAGGAAUAGGCCGUAUGCAGUUAAGAAGUCAAAGGCCUUGCAAAUUUACGUAUAGUCGUUCAUAUGAAGUAUCAGUAGAGGACCUGCCGUGCCUUCUGUGGAUCUGCGAAGGCGGAGUCCCGAUUGCUA